AACAUACUCCUCCUGUGAAACAUUAAUCUUACGAGGAUUGUGUUCCAAAAAAAUCGAACUCCGAACGCAUUCCACUCCUGAACAGGUGAGAAACCUUAAUGGACACAAGCCGCACAUUUAAAACCAUAUAUCGCCUGCCUGCAUUUUCUUUCACAGGAUUUGAGAGGUCACAGACGCUUGAUUUUUUAAUAAGUCAAGAUGGGAAGGAAAAAGAAGAAUUUAUGUCAAGAGUCUCGAAAAGGUGGAAAACUUGCUAUUGAUAUUGAUAGCGAUGCGGAUAUCCAAGAAUGCACAAGCGCAAGUGCUCAAUCGGGAUCAAAGAGUUUGAACCAUUUAUUAGAACAGUUGUAUGAAAAGAAAGGGUCUACGAGGGAGUCCGCGCUUUCUUCGAUUAUCCAGAGAUCCAGCCUUGGUUAUCAAUACCAAUUUUGUGAAAAAAACUUCGCUGAGUUACUUUACCAGUGCUUGAAAUCUUUUAAAAGGGGUUCAAGUAAAGAGAGUUGUUUGGCUGUUGAGGCCCUUGGAUUACUAGCUAUCAACAUUGGCUGUGGUGAAAACAGUCGAGAACUAUAUAAAGAAUCAGUCCCUGUUCUUUCAGAAGCUCUCAAAACCGAGUCUCAGUCAAAGAAGUUAAAAUUAAUCUUGGAUUGUUUGGCUAUUGUCACUUUUGUUGGGGGGAACGAAUUAGAUGAGACAGAAAGAUCUAUGCAAAGUAUUUGGGAUUUCAUGCACUCAAGAACAGAUAGUAAGGAAUCUCAGAGUGCAGCUGUUUUUUCUUGGUCAUUUCUUUUGAGUACCAUGGAUAGUUGGAGUAUCAGUUACAAACAUUGGCAAGGAGCGAUUCCUUUCUUCAAGAAUUUGCUAGAAGCAGACCAUGAGUCUACUCUCAUUGGAGCUAAGCAAGCACUAGCCCUCAUACUUGAAUUAGGGUGCCAUGAGAAAUUUGAAGGUGACACCUCAGCAACAGAAGAGAUUAACGUCAAAAACAUAUUUAAGGAUGGCCGUGUCCCAGAAAUUUCUGUAAAAGUUGGUAAACAAAUAUUAAAAGUCGACACGUUACCACAACAAAUUCAGCUUAAUUUUCUGAAGCGGUUGCUUGGCUCGGGUUUUGUUGUGCACAUGAAGGAAAACGAACUUUUACAUGAUGUGUUCAAGUUCAAACCAGAAAAACGACAAUCAGGCAGAGAAGUAUACGUAGCUGAACGUGACGAGGCUGCUAUUAAACUUUUUGUUCCUGAUGUAAGAAGAGAAGAUAGCUAUCAGCGUAUACACAAGUCACAAAACUCGAUAUUCGUGAAGGCAAGAACACAGAUACGAAACAAGAAUCGUGAUAUCAAAGGGGAGGAGCAAUGGUGUUCUGAAGAUUGAUGUGAACUUGCUGCUUUUUUUAUAUAUAUUUUUUAUUCUUUUUUUUUUUUUUUUUUUUUUUUUUUUUGUGAGGGGAUGCUGCAAACAGUGGCUUACCUUUUAUAUGAUUUCCAUACAGUUAACUUAUUGUAUAUUAGUUAUUUUUUUAAUUAAUGAGUUGAUGUUUUAUAGCA